CAGAGGCUUAACCCACUGAGCCACCCAGGCAACCCCUAAGGGCUUUAAAUAUUAAGGCACUUAAUCUUCACAAAACUCUGUGAGGCAGUUACACUUAAGGCCCUGUAUUGUUACUUAGCUAGAUAACUUUCAAUUAUCUUUCAUAUCUAUCUACCUACCUAUUUUUCUAUUAUAUCUAUCAAUUAUCUCUAUCAUCUGUCAAUCAUCUUCCAUCCAUCCUUCUACCUAUUAUACUUAUCUAUCAAUUAUCUCUACUAUCUAUCAUUUCCAAUUCUCUCUUUUUUCUCAACUCUGACUCUCAGUUUACAGCCUCAUCCUUUAGACACAAAUAUGUUAUUAGUUGGGGGCAGGCUGAAUCGUCCUCCCUCAUUUCUUCAAGUACUUGGUGGAAAACACAUGGGGUGGGCAAACGUUUCCUUUGGAUGCUAAUGGGUGUUCCCAGCGGAAGCAGAAUGAGUGUGGAGAGUGCGGGCGGGGAACCCCGCUCCCUGCAUUUGCUCUCUUUCAAGUGCCUGCAGCUUGUCGUCACCAAAGCCUGCAUUCUGCCCCCCUUCAGAUGCGAGCACGGGGACAAGCUGCCUUUGGCACCUAACCCACGCAGUGACAACUGGGGACAGAAGGGCGGAGGGAGAUGUGGUCUCUCAGGAAACGGUCGGUGCAAGUUCUAGAAAUCGGCUCACCUAGCCUAACUCAAGACAUUUUCUGAUUUCUCUUUCAAUUUCUUCUCUGCCCUGUUGGCUGCUGUCUCGUUUCCACAUGUUGGCGAACUCUCCAGUUCAUCUAGUUCCACACGCUCGCAGUCGGGGAAGACACCGGGUUGUGCCAGACCCUGUGUUCUGCAGACCCGCUGUACCACAGCCUUGCCCCCGUCAGGACUUGUUAAGGGGACAGAUGUCAUGUCACGUGUUCUCACACACACACACACACACACCCUAUACAAAGGGACCCAGGAGACUCCGGGAGGUGCUGGCUAACUCUGUUACCUGGAAUUUGGUGAUGGCGCUACGGGCGAUUGCCUGAGUCCCAACUCAUCCGAACACGCAGACCUUUGUCAUCUGGUACACCUCCAUGAAGCUGUUCUUUUAACCUCCAAUGCAAGGUGGCUUAGUGACACUCUGCUUGGUAGGAGCAGAUAGUUGGAAGUGCAGGAACAGGGUGAGCUUUCAGAUCUAUGCGACUCCAUGGCUCAGGGUUACCCCGUCUUCCCAUCCUGCUUUCUGUGCUUCAGUGUCAGUCCUGCAUUUCGCUCCCUCUCCCGGUGGCGUGGCAGUGGCGUGGUGACAAUGCAUGUCUAUCCAGAUAUACGCUUCCAGAAACUCUCUCAAAAGACUGAAGGAACUACACCUACGUCGUCUCAAAGUAUCUCCCCAAAGACACCAAUAAUGGAGGGACAAAAUUAACUUUGCUGUGUGGACAUCUGGCCAACGCCCCCUUAGGCAGUAAGUUGACCCCAUGGAGAGCAGGAAGACCUGAUGUGCUGAAUCCCUGGGAUGGGACGCACGGAGGACAAGGAUGGAAUUUAUACGCCACCACGCUGAUCACUUCUGUGGCUUUCCUGCCCAAUACGCGUAGCCCGCAUCUGAUCACGAGAAAGUCUCAGACAGACCCAGAAGGAGAAGUGUGCCACAGAGCAGCUCACUGGUCCUCUCAUAAAAAUGCCAAGGAAAACGUCAAGGUUGCGAAAGAGAAGGUAGAGACAAUCUUCUAGUUGUAAAGGACACUGAAGAGGCAUCCAGUGGGGGUGUUUCUUUUGGGUUUUUGUUUUGUUUGUUUUGUUUCGCUAUAAAAGGACAAUUGCUACUGGGACAGUGGGUGAAAUUUUAAGGUCUGUGGUUUAUGAGGAUGGCCUCCAUGUUACACUGGUGAUAAUCUUACUGUGCUCACGUUAGAGACUGCCCUCAGUUUUAGGAAGAAUUUAGGGGCAAGGGGGUGUAAAGUUUGCAACUUACUCUGGAACGGUUCAGAAUGUUUGUAUGUAUGUCUGGGCAGAGGAGAGAGGUGGGCAUGGGAUCAGGACGUCCAGUGCAGAAAAUGUACACCUUGAGAGAAUCUGAGUACUGGGGAACUAUUUGGACAAUUUUCCUUUAAGUGUAAAAUGACUACAAGAUAAAAAGUUUAAAAAGGAAGAACUUUUUUUUCCCCAGAAGCCCCAACAGAUAUCUUUCCUGCUCUCAAUGACCAGAAUAAUCGGGUCUUCAGCACACUGGCUUGCACACAGCAUGUUCAGGCUCUCGAAACCUAUCUUUGGAAGGAGGAAGGGUGAGCUUUCUCAGUCUCCUGCCAUCUCCAUCGGGGCAGGAGUAGAUGACUGUCCCCAUAACACUGGAACACAUACAAGAACUCUGGCUGAAACGUGGCGAAAACCCAGCAGACUCCUCACCGGGGGACCAAGUAAACAUGGGACGGGAACUGCAGUGUGCACUAGGGAAGGGGUCUUCAUGUCCACGCUCCGAACUACAAAGAGCCACGCGGGCUCAAGACAGACAACGGGCUCAGCCACAGAGAUGCAAAGAAAGCGGCAUUUCUUGCACACAUUUGGGGGGGGGCAUGUGGUGGGGUUCCCUUCGUUUACUUUUCCAGGACGGGUUAAGUAAGGAAGCGAGGGCUGGUGAUGCUCUCUGCUCUGAUUCUCCAGCGGUCUCCAGGUAACCAUCUCUGGGCUUCCAGCCUCGUCUGCCCGUCCCUCCGUCCCUGUGAGCACCACCCGUCAUCCUUCAUGAUCUUUCCCAGCAAAGCCAUUUACACCUUCCUGUCACUUCCUGCCUCCCUUCUCCUCCAGAGGAGAAAUGACGGAUGCCCAGAAAUGAAGGUGGGACCAAGCAAGGAUCCUCGUGGUCCUGUGUCUUGCUCUCACUCGACCCCUGUCCCAGGGCUUUCGUUCUAUAAUUGAGAUGAGACAGCUCCCUUCUGCGCGGCUGGUGGAGAGAUGUGGCGAUGGCACGAAGGUACAGAUGAGGCCCGGGCUCUGCCUGGUAGAGAUGGGGACCUCCCCCCAGCCCCCGCCCCGUGCCUGGUGAGGACCAGGACUUUUAGGAAGCAAAGUGCAGGCAUACAAGCCCCUCCUUGAUUCUGGGGUUCCUUCCUCUGGAAAACUGCUCAUCCCUGGGGCCAAGAGGGAGAGAAACAAAGACACAGAUCAAUUAAAAACCAGAAACAGUGGGAGAUCACACACACACAGGCUUUUGUCCACCCCACAGAUCCUGACUGAGUGCCAGGCGCCGUUCCAGGCACUCUGGCGCGGUUUUGCAGCCUCGGGGCUCUGGAUGUCUGGGGCUGGACCAUUCUUUGGGGGCGGCGUCCCUGGCCUCCUCCCCCCGGAAGCCAGAAGCGCCCCCAAGUCGUGAUGGGCCAAGAUGUCUUCAGGCAUGGCCACAUGUGCCUGGAGGAGCAGAGCCGCUCUGGGGGAGCACCUCUGGGCUCAUGAGGAGCAAGAAGCCUCGCCGCCCCUCGCUGAGCCCGUUCCCAGGGAGGGGGGAGAUGCCCGGAGAGCUAGGAAACGCCCGAGCAGGUGCGUCGUGCAGGACGGAAGCAGGGGACGCAGCAAGAGCCCUGAAGGUGCGCAGAGACCCCAGCACUGCGGGGCCGGAGAGGAAGGGGCGCGGAUGGAAGCGGGGUACACAGACUCAGGCUGGGUCCUGAAGAGGGGGCGCGGAAAGGCAGGAGGAAGGGCAACCCGUGCAUCUCAGAGCUGAGCGCCUGCAGGGGAAACGGAGGUGAAGCAGAGAAACCUUUCCCUGGGGCAGCGUCCUCGUCCUGACCUCACAGGCCAGCUUAUGAAAGCCCUUCCGUGCACAAAGCCUCAUGCCCACCUCCACCCUUGGCACGCUCUCCCAUCGUCCCCCUGAUUGUGCACACCCUCCCUCCCUCCGUGCUUCCCUCCUCGCCUCCUUCCUCCUCGGGAGGCACAAAAGCCACAGUCAGGCUCUGGGCCCCCAGAGAGCCCCGGAGAGCAGCGGACUCCAGUGAGGUGAGAGCAGGGCCGAGUGGGGAGGGCGGCAAGGGGGAGGGGGGCACUCAGAGAAUCGGGACAUGCUGAUGGGGAAGGCAGGGCAGGCACGGGCCGAAGGUCGGCGAGGGGCAAACACGCCUGUGAACCUUGAGCCUGCGUCCCCGGUGCUCCCGGGGUUCUGGGGGGCCGUGUUUCACCUGUGCGGUGUCCUGUCGCUUACCCGCUUCCUUCGCGGCUGUCCCUCAACCAGCGCUGUCGCGUUGCUUAGAUAGACGUGUUCCGGAGUGGAGCGCCACAAAAUCGGCCAUGAACUCACAAGUGUCUGUUUUACUUUUCCGCCACAUAUUUGAGGCGGGAGGACCCACGCGUUAGUCUCUGUUCUGCGCUAGAAUAUGGUGCACGUUACAGUUCGUUACAGGUCGGACAGAGGAAGACGGAUCCUGCGUGAUCUCACUCCGGGGUGGAAUCUGGAAACAGCAGCCACUCAGGGAACGAGAUUGAGGGGAGGUUGAGCAGAGGCAGGGCUGGCCCGGGCACCCGGCUGUGAGAUGUGGGCGUGCUGGGGACGCGAGGGACGGCCUGGUGGCCAUAGGGGACGCUGCCAUGUGUCUUUACAAGCUGCCUAGAAAGAGUAGAUCCUACAAGCCCUCAGUGCGAUGAGAAAGGAGCUUUCGUCGUAACUAGGCGAGGUGACGGAUGUCACCCCGACUUACCGAGGAGACCCUUUCCCGAUAUCCACGGUAAGUCAUCGUGCCCAGACAGUCGCAAGGAGAUGUUUGCCGGUCGCGGCUAUGCUUACGGCCGUGACGGCGCGGGACUCUGGGCUGCACGCGUGUGUCUGGAUUCGUCCCGAGUGUGUUCACUGCUUCCCGUUCCUCUGUAGGGCAGUUACACCUAAUGACAUUAAAAACACAGGAACGCCCUCACCACCCUCGGUUGGCAGCGUCCCGUAGCCCCCAGCGCCCACCCUGCCGCCCUCCGCUGGCUCCCCCUGUCCGUCUGGUCCUGCAUCUUGCCGUCCUGCUCAGCCUGGCGGAGACCCCCGCCUCCGUGCCCGUCCGCCAGGGACGAGGAAGCUGGACCCUCAACAGCGUGGGCUACCUGCUGGGUCCCGUGCUCCACCUUCCCCAGAGGGCGGACCGCGGCGGGAAGGAGAAGCCAGCCCUGGAGGUCCUAGACCUGUGGAAGGCCCUUGAUGGGCUCCGCCACCCCCGACCUCGGCGGGCCUCCGAGAGGAGCCUGAGGGAGGCCUCUGCCAAGCCAGAGACUGCGGAUCUGGGCGAGUUCAGCGAGAAAGCCCCCAGGGAGGGCGAUGCCCAGCGGUCCUAGAGAUCUCCAGACCUCUGCUCCGUGUCCUUCUGUCCAGCUCCUCCUGAACCCCUCCCUGUCUCGCUCCCUCCACUGAGACUAAGAUCCUGAAAUUAAGUCCCUGAGUCUCCUGCAGGAAAUUUGGGGAGCGUUGGGAGACUUUUCUUAAAAGUUGCCAGACCGUGAGGGUUUCACUGAUUUAUCCUCGAAUAAGUAGAAAGCAUUGUUAACAAACUCAAGAAUGAAAUCUGGGGCCAUUUAGGAGAGUCGGGGUAACGAGGGAGUAUUUCUGCCGUCCGUGCGAAGUGACUGUCUUCUUUCGGAACUAUAACUCGAGCGACUAAUAUGGUAUGAAUGUCCCAUUUGCGUCUAAGCGUCUACGAUGUCUGGCUGAGAAAGAUUCUGCCAAGUAGCGGGCUUGCCUACCGUCGUUCCCCCGCCCCCGCUGGGCGUCCUCCAGUUCGAAAGGGGGAGGGGUACCCUGGAGCAGAGUGGAGAGAAUAAAACAUUUCU